AUGUCCAAGGCUGAUGAAUAUGGUUAUGAUUACGAGUUUUUAUUCAAGGUUGUUUUAAUUGGUGAUUCUUCUGUAGGUAAAACCAAUUUACUAUCGAGAUUCACCAGAAAUGAAUUCAAUGCCGAUUCAAAGGCAACCAUUGGUGUUGAGUUUGCCACUAGGACCUUAGAAGUUGAUGGCAAGAAAAUCAAGGCACAGAUUUGGGACACAGCUGGACAAGAACGUUAUAGGGCAAUCACUGCGGCCUACUAUAGGGGUGCAGCAGGUGCCUUGGUUGUCUAUGAUAUAACCAACUCUGAUUCUUAUGAAAACGUUUCCAAAUGGUUGAAGGAGAUGAAAGAUAAUGCAGACUCUAACAUGGUAAUAGCUUUAGUUGGUAAUAAGAGUGAUUUGGGUCAUUUAAGGGCAGUUCCAACGGAAGAGGCCCAAAAUUUUGCAACUGAGCAUAAUUUAUUGUUCACUGAAACAUCCGCCUUGAGUGCAGACAAUGUUGACCAUACAUUCACACAAUUAGUACAAAACAUUUAUGAGAUGGUUUCAAAGACCAAAUUUGAUAUCAAUGAUGAAAACGGAUCAAAUUCAAAUGAUGUUGCAAAGGGGAAAACUAUCCAAUUGACACCAGCACCAAAGGAUAAAAAGAUUUCUAAAAAUUCAAACUGUUGUUAA